UUGACGACUCUGGGGGGUUUUGGUGGAGACUCGUGCAGAGCAUACCGUGCAUUAUUUUAUGAGGAGAAACUUAAGAUCGUUCUCAACACGGAGAAGGGCUCUAACGAACUGCGGCAUUUGUGUAGAACGUAUCUGGAAGGGCUCCAGUGGGUUGCAUACUACUACUUCCGAGGCCCCGACGCGAGUGGGUGGAGGUGGUACUACUCUUACCACUAUGCUCCCUUCAUGCGGGACGUGCUCGAAUGCGACGUAUUUAAACCGUCGUUUCAAGAUACGCAGAGGAUGAUUUCCACAGGCAAAGGAGCACACGCGCAACGGUUGGACCUUUCGUAUCUUAUAGAACGCACCAUUUCAUUGCCUAAGGGGGAGCCGUAUUCGCCGUUCAUGCAGCUCUUGUCAAUCUUGCCACCUCAGUCGGCUGCAUUACUGCCCCCCCAGCUGCGCCACCUGUUGACAAAUCCCCCUCCGGAGCUUCAACCGUUCUUCCCGAACGAUUUCGAAAUCGAUAUGGAGGGAGUGAAGGUCCCAUGGGGGGGAGUGACGCUGCUGCCGUUUGUGGAUGAAUCAGUGCUUGAGCGCAUUGCCCUUCCUCUGGUGGAAAAGCUUCCUCCGGAACUUUUGAAGAGAAAUGAAACAGGGAGAGUCGUAUUGCUUAUGAGGGAGAAGAACGAGCACAGCUGGAGACAGCAUGGCCUGUUGCUAAUCGAUAAACACUCGGACACUUACAAACUUGGCCAGCUGGCGUCCAUCGACCCAGUAUAUGAGCAGGAGUGCUUCUUCUUCAAAAACAAGAUAAUAAAUAGGAGUCUUGGUGUCGCAUUGGACAUUCCAAGCCUUGUAAACCGUAUUAACGGCUCUAUGCAGGAGGGAAUUCCCAGCGGAAAUGGGCAGCACCAGGUCUUCGUCUCGUCCCUUCCGUGGGCUUUUCCUGACGUAGUAGACAGUUGUGUGGUUGAGGAGGAGGUUCUUGUCUUACCACCUCUCGUGGCGGACCGCUUGGAAGCGUUCAAAGUUCUAGGCGUUCUUAGGAUCCUUAAUCUAAAGGACCAGGUUCUUUCACCAUUCUCCUAUUCGACCGCCAGAGAUGCAGUGGCUAGCUACGUCGAGACAUUGCGCUCGGCCCUACAGUCUACAGAUUUCUCUUCAAUGGGGCCGCGAUCUGGCCCUCCUGUUAAACUGCAGCCGCUACCGAAGCUCCACCCUAAAGAUGAUGAAUUUCUUUUCCCAACAACACCUCUUCCCGGAGCGUCGCCAGCUGCCGCCGUUUUGACUCCUUCCCUUUUUUCCAAGUGCAUAUCCUGGCAUCGCGGGACGGGAGUCAAGGUAUUCAAGCGCAUAUCAUCCAGUCAGUCGAUUGUGCUGAGCGUUAUGCCCUUUUCAAGGGAAGAGCUGCAUCGAGGAUCUGCAUGUAGCAUCGUUAGCUUGCUGAAACCUACGGAGACGCUGAAUGAACUGCUUAGCAGCAGGUUCGUUCUCUUCGACUACCCGUUUGUAAAGCUUGCCUCGCCGGUUGCUGUGUGGCAUCCUACGUUUUACUUGCCCUUAGAUUUCCGCAGCACAGCGAAAUGUGCUGAUAUCCCCUCUGACCCUAUGGAACAGUUGCAGGAAGUGGAGACGGAGAAGCGCCGCCUGCGUGCUCAGGGCAUUCAUGUGGCAGACGAAACGGAAGCCUUCCAUUUCUUCACGCAACACACAGCAAAAGCCAGGACGGAGAAGAUUGCUGAAAGACAGCAGAAUUCUGCUUCUUACUGGGAUCCAGAGGAGCAGGUCCUCUGUGGUUCCGACAAGGAAAGGAAUUUAGGCUGUGCACCAGUACAGUCUCUUGAGCAGCAGCUGCAGCGCCUUGCACUAGACGUGACUUCGGCGCUUCCUGGUACGGAACAACAGCAGCUAUCCCGUUCGUAUCACCCUGACACAGCUCUUUCUACGCUUCUUGUUGAAUUACGUCCAGUGGAGGAUAUUGUCAUGGCAGAGAAACUAGUCGAUUUACAGUCGACGAGCAGCAGCAGCGGCAACCCUACUUCUUCAAAGCCGUUUGAGAAGAAGCCUACUGCUUGUGUUCAUUUCCGGUAUGGGUCGGAGACGGUUUUCCGGCUGCUCCCUCUUCUAUCAACGCCGUCAAGUUCCCUCCUUGAGAGCAUGCAGCAGUGUCACCAGGACGUGAUCGAUGCAGUUGAAGCUCACAGGAAGGUCCGAUGGAAGGCAGGGGAUGACGUUUUCUGUAUUGCUUCAGACAGGCAACAGCAGUUACGCCCUGGCCUCACCGGUGUGCUGGAAAAGGACCCCACGAGCGAGGACUCGCAUGUAUUGGUCCGCGUUUCAUCUUGGCGAGAGGAGCCUAUUGGAUUUCAGGCGGAUCUUGAUGAUGCAUGCAGUGCGAUCUGCGCAGCCAGCUCAGAUUGUGGCCUUCAUAUAGCAAUCUUCACGAAGGAGACGGGCAAGCCUGCCUAUGUCGUCAGGUUUUCCUUGCCUUGGCCCAACCAUGGCUCGCGUGACCUACAGCAAUCUCAAUGCAGGUCUCACCUGUUCACAAGCAAUGCAGUUGAGCUCGGGAAGAAAAUUGUACGCGCCUUCCCUGCUUUAGGGAAUAUACUCGAUUCGGUUGGUGGAAAUGGUAGAAGCAUUAUGAUGAACUGCCACCUGAAGGCAGCUGACGUUUUCCGUGGACUACCAGACCCCGCGUUUUUAGCAUCUCGUCUGGCAUCUAUGGCGGCUCAGUCACCGUCUCGCCGCGCGAAAGCAGUGACCAAGGAAUACGCAUGGUUGCCGAACUCAAUGUAUAGUGCGUUGGAUGCUGAAAGGGGUUCAAGGAGUGCGGGGUUGCCUGACCCUCGCGCGGUAGUCCUUCCUGCGAACGUCGUCAACUGCGUCCCGGCAGCAGACCUACUAACGAUUCAGAAACACAUCGUAUCCAAAUUCUUGGUUCUGCGUAAAGUCCAACAGGGGGAGGACGGGGAGUGCAGGUUUGUAUACACGGUAAAGGCCCAUUUGGGGCAGCGCGUGGCCUAUGCGCGGUUCCGUGGGUCUGUUCCCCAAGGUGCUCAUGGUACGGCCUGCGGGUUUGCGUCAAAGUUCGGUGGGUGCAACAUUAAAUGCAGUUACAUAAACGAUGGGGCUGAACGCACGGGUGCUACGCGUAGCCCAAACCCGCAAGCAAGCAGAGGGGCUGGUUCGAGGCCCCUUCCAUUCGCCAGAGGCGGGGCCUACGUGGAUUCCGCAGUAAUAGGACUUGCAAUCAGAAGGCAAUUGAAUUUUAGAGGACUCAGUUCGGAAAAACACGGCCAGCAGCACGAAGCAAAAAUCCAUGGCUGGAAGGAUGCUGGACUUAUUCUCUCUCAGAUCAGUGCAGCGGAAAGAGUGUCUCUUUUUCAAAAACAACUGGCUUUCCUCGAGGACCUGUGCAUUGAGGUACUACUGGACGAGCCUUGUUUGGGAGCUUCGGACGGAAAUGGAAGCAUCGAAACCCUUAGAAUCCUGCUUUGUCCUGCAAGCCACUGGCUGCCAAUUUGCUCAGAGGUCAGUGAAGCUGCCACAGCAUAG